AUGGCAAUGGACUACGACGCAUAUGAUGCACUCCUCCAUCACAUAUUCAAGCAAACUCAGGGUGAUGCUUGGUUCAAGCCAUCCGAGGAGAAUAUCUCUGCUGGGGUCUGUCUUCGUGUCGAACCUGGUCACUUCCGCGUCUUUCCGUACGAGAACGCCUACCUUGCACCUUUUGAGGCAGCAGUACGCCUCUUAAAUCCCGUGGUUGCGGUCAAAGUGAGGAGUGCUGCAGUCCAUGCUGCAUUAACAACUGUUCCCGAAGAUGCAUCUGCUAUCUAUGUCGAUCAUAACACACGCAUUCAGAUAGUAGCUUCCAUGGCUAUGCUGCCGAGAGCUGAGAAGGAACAGUGUGGAGCCUUCAUUCGAGACGAAUGUGUUCUCAUUCUUUGGUCCGAUAACUUGGAUAACAUUAUACCCCUAUGCCGCGACUUCGAGGAAAAGCUGAUCAAGCUUGUCUGGAGACAACGCACCGCUAUCUCCGCCGCUCCCUCUGAGAUCUUGCCAUCUACUCCGCUGUCAGACGACAGUCUGCCAGCAAUACAGGAUGAUAUUAUGAAGGAGAUUCCUGUCACUGAGAAAGAACUCACAAAUCGGAAGCCAAAGCCUAAGUCCUCAUCACCAUUUUGGAAGAUUUUCAGCUGGAGUACCACUCGUGAGGAGCACGAAGGUGACCCCGAGAAGGGUGUGAAGAAAGCCCGCCGAACCAAGCUCAUCGCGCCCUGCUACAAUGGUUUGGGCUGCGGCUUAUCUAUCUUUUUCAUCGGUACUGGUAUCAGCAUGCUUCUGCAGGAGUCCAUGCUCGAUGGUCAAUGGAUUCGGUUUUGUCUGCUCGUCACAGCCCCACUGUCAUUCUGUGUUUCUUUGUUCUUCUCCUUGCAAAUUAUCGGCAAUGUCGGCAUGAUUAUCGGUCCCGUCUCUCAGUACUAUGAAAACUCGCGUUACUAUUCUGCUAUCAAGCCCGACGAGGAUAAGGCUGUCGAUUCGGCUCUUCCUCAUGUCACUAUCGAGCUUCCUGUCUACAAAGAAAGUCUUGAACAUACAAUCUCACCGUCCGUGUACUCCCUCAAAAAGGCUAUGCAAACAUAUGCACGCCAGGGUGGAACAUCUUCGAUAUUUGUGCAUGACGAUGGUCUGCAGCUCAUUUCGGAGAAGGAACGCGCGGAACGCAUUGCUUUCUACGCCGAUCACAACAUUGGCUGGGUCGCACGUCCCCCUCAUGAUUCCUCUCCGGGUGGAUUCAAACGUGCCGGCCGCUUUAAGAAGGCGUCGAAUAUGAAUUACGGGCUCACGCUUAGCUUGAAACUCGAGAAACAUCUCAAGGUGCUCCUUGAAGCAGAAGAACGAGAAGAGCUGGAUGACGACGACCAACCACUGGAGGAUCGCGCUAUGGAUUUGGCUUGUGAAGAACUUUUCAUGGAAAGUGGAGAGAAAUGGAAACCGUGGGCUUGCAACGGCAAAUCCAUUCGAAUGGGAGAGAUCAUUUUGCUUGUCGACUCCGAUACCAUCGUACCCGAGGAUUGUCUUCGUGAUGCUGCUCGUGAACUAGCAGAGAGCCCCGAGGUUGCGAUCAUUCAGCAUGAAUCAGAUGUCAUGCAAGUCGCCCACCACUACUUUGAAAAUGGUAUUGCCCACUUCACUAGGCGGAUCAACAAGUGUAUAUCCCUUGGUUGCGCGAAUGGUGAAAUAGCUCCUUUCGUGGGACACAAUGCUUUCCUUCGGUGGUCUGCGCUUCAGGACGCCGCGUUUGUAGACCCGGAGGACGGGAAGACGAAGAUCUGGUCGGAAUCAAAUGUAUCUGAGGAUUUCGAUAUGGCUUUGCGACUUCAGCUAAAGAAGUACAUCAUACGGUGGGCGACAUACUCCGAGGGCGGCUUCAAGGAAGGUGUAUCGUUGACGGUCGAUGAUGAAUUGAAUCGAUGGCAAAAAUACUCAUACGGUUGUAGCGAGUUGAUUUUCAACCCCCUUAUUGACUGGUGGAGGAAGGGUCCAAUCAACAAACAGCUGCGUAUCUUCGUAUGGUCAAAUGCGCCGGUCCAUUACAAAAUUAGUAUGAUGGCAUACAUGUUUUCCUAUUAUGGUAUCGCAGCCUCGGCAAUUUUGUCGGUCCUCAACUAUAUCCUUCUUGGACUGGGAUUCGAAACGGACGGCUACUAUCUUCAUAGUUUUGAAGUCUUUCUCGCCAUUCUCGCCGUGUUUCCUGGAUCGGGCAACGUUGGCUACGUUCUUCUUGAAUACAGACUUGGGCACCGUAACAUGUGGGCCUCGCUUGUCGAGACCUGCACCUGGGUCCCUUUCUUCUUUUUCUUCUUUGGCGGUCUUAGUGUCCACCUCUCCACCGCUCUUUUGGCCCACAUGUUCUCAUACAACAUCACUUGGGGAGCAACGAAAAAGGAAGUCGAACGUUCGAAUUUCUUUAUCGAAGUCCCCCGAAUUUUCAAGCGCUUCUGGCUCGCCUUCGUACUCUCUUUCGGCACAUUCGCUAUGAUCGUCAUUUUCAGUCUUCCUAUCGUCGGCCUGGAUUGGCAGAUUCCAGGUACCUAUUGGGCAGUUAUUCUCCCUCUUGCGCUCGUUGCUGGAAGUCACAUUCUUUUCCCUAUCGUGCUCAAUCCGUGGUUGAUGAUUUUCUCGUAUUGA